AUGAGUGGCCGCACAGCCCAAAGCCAUCGCCUGGCAAACCUGAGGAAUGCAAGACAAGGUCAAAGUCGCGCAAAACAGUGGAAGCCCAAAGGAGACGCGUCAAUCUACGACGAAGUCUCUGAAAGGGACUACGAGGCCAUAGUUCGCGGUCGUUUGGACCAGGAUGAUUUUGUAGAGGACGAUGGCGUCGACGGGUACAUCGACCACGGCAUGGACGACUUUGAGGGUGAUAUGGCAGACUCUGAGGACGAGCGAGAGAUUAAGAAACGCCAGAAAGCGGCCGCGAAAGCUACCAAGGCAAAGCCCAAGCCACCGCCCCCCGAACCAGCACCCAUGUCGGCCUAUCGUACCGUCAAGUCAGAAGCCGUCGAUAGCGAGUUUCUUGAAAACCUCCUACAGGGUAUGGUCGCCGAGCCGGCAAAGCCCAACCCGCGCAAGCGAAAGGGAUCGCCAUCCAGACGCGAAACGGAUUAUACAUCGUAUAGAGACAACCAAGGCGCCUCAUCGGAUGGGCCAGAUGAUUUCCCAGAACCCAAGUUUUCUCGCAGACGUGAAGCAUUAUCGAGCGACGAUGAAGCGUUCAUUACGCCCAUAAAGCGCUUCAAGAGUGAAAACGGGACAGGAAUUAAUAUUCAUCAGACGACUUCACAAGUGGACCAACUGCGUAUGGAUGAUCCAUACGACGAAAUGGAGAACGAUUAUGCGCCUAUCGAUCUAGACGACAUCGACGGCCACCCAGUGAAAAAGGAAGAGAGUCCCAUCGCGUUGUCCAAGCUCUCGGGCAACGGUGCUCACCCUUCGGCAGUCAAGAAUGAAUCUGCCAAGGUUCAGACAGGCCCACCAUCCUGGUUAGCCGUACAUGCGUCUCUCCCAGUGGCCAUCGCGGAUACUGUCGGUGGAGGCUCUUCAAACUUGGCUUCCACUCGAGUUCAAGCCACAGAAGAGGACGGUUCCUUGCGGAUGUUUUGGCUGGACUAUCUGGAAGUGGAUGCCAAGGUCUAUCUCGUUGGAAAGGUCCUCGACAAGUCCACCAACAGAUAUGUGAGUGCUUGCGUGGCCAUUGAAAACAUCGAACGAAAUCUUUUUGUUCUACCGAGAGAACGACGUAUGGAAGGCGACUACGAGACGGACAUUCAGCCAGAAAAAAGAGAUGUUCAAGCCGACUUUACCGAAGCACGACAAAAGUUUGACAUUAAGCGUUGUGCUAUGAAAUGGGUGAAGCGCAAAUAUGCCUUUGGCGAGCCCGGCGUUCCCACUCAGGAGACGCUGUGGAUGAAAGUUGUCUAUCCUUUCUCGGAACCCGCGAUGCCUAGCAAUCUCACCAGUCCAAAUAUUGCCCGAAUAUUUGGUACGAAUACGAGUGCAUUUGAGCUCUUUGUCAUCAAGCGCAAAAUUAUGGGCCCUUGUUGGCUUCAAAUUAAGAAUGCAGAGAUUGCGAACAAAGGAGCGUCUUGGUGUAAAUUGGAAGCGACUGUUUCCGAUCCCAAGGAUGUCAAUCCCCUCACCGAUAAUUCGGUCAAGGGCAUGCCACCUCUAACAAUCAUGAGCCUCACUCUUCGUACGGUUGUCAAUCACAAGGAGAACAAGCGCGAAAUCGUGUCGAUUGCCUCGCGAGUCUGGGAAGAAAACCAUAUUGAAUCUACAACACCUCUAGAUAAACAACCUAGUACAGCCGUUACCUUCAUUCGACCUCUCGAAAAGUAUCCUAAGGGCUUUGAAUCGGUUGCAGCACAGUCGAGACAAUCCAAAAUGCAUGCCAUGGCGAAUGAGCGUGCGUUGCUGAACAACUUCUUGGCACUCGUCCAACGCUACGAUCCAGACGUGAUCGUCGGGCACGACUUCCUGGGGGUGUCACUGGAUAUACUUCUUCAUCGCAUGAAGGAGCUGAAGGCUGAACAUUGGUCAAGAAUAUCUCGAUUCAAGCGGAAAGGCUGGCCGUCGAUAGGGAAGCAGGGUACAAACCUGCGGUUCCUCAACGGACGACUACUUUGUGAUCUCGCCAGUGAUGGUGCAAAGGGGAUGAUUGCAUCUACAACCUGGUCUUUGACGGAGAUGGUUGCGUCGCAGCUCAAGAUACAGCGGCAAGACAUCGACCCGGACGACACAGCCUUGUUCUUCGAUGCGGAGACGUCGACUGCCCAAAGGUUAUUAGAAUUCGUACAACACUGCGAACUCGAUGCGUUCCUUCAGAUGGCCAUCACCUGGAAUGUCAAACUUCUUCCAUUGACAAGACAGUUGACCAAUAUUGCCGGCAACUCUUGGAAUAAGACGUUGAACGGUGGUCGUGCUGAGCGCAAUGAAUAUAUUUUGCUCCACGAGUUUCACUCCCUAAAGUAUAUUUGUCCUGACAAGACAUGGGGCAAAAAGGCGGCGGCUGCUGCAAAGGUGGAAGCCGAAGAAGGCGACGGUGCUGCGACAAACACCAAGAGUAAGCGGGACAAGUACAAGGGUGGUCUUGUAUUCGAGCCAAAGCGUGGACUCUGGGACAAGAUCAUUCUAGUCAUGGACUUCAACUCGCUCUACCCGAGCAUUAUUCAAGAAUAUAACAUUGACUUUACAACAGUCGAGACUGGGCAGAUUGAGGAGUCGGAAGACCAAAUUCCUCCAGUUCCGGAUCCGUCUCUGGCCCAAGGAGUUCUUCCACGGCUCAUUGCAGAUCUAGUCAAACGCCGAAAGGCUGUCAAAGGAUACAUGAAGAGUCCAGGAUCAACAGAGGCGGAGCGCAAACAGUGGGACAUUAAGCAGCAAGCCUUGAAGCUGACGGCGAACAGCAUGUAUGGCUGCCUUGGCUUCGAGUAUUCACGUUUCUACGCCAAGCCAUUGGCAGCUCUCACAACGUUCAAGGGAAGAGAGAUUCUAACGAAUACCAAGCAAUUGGCAGAAUCUAUGGGACUCGAUGUCGUGUAUGGUGACACGGAUUCGGUCUUUGUCAACUCUGGACAUCUGGAUCAAACCGAGGCGUUGAAGAUUGCUCAUCAAUUCAAGAAAGCUGUAAACGACCGAUAUCGUCUACUUGAGAUCGACGUCGAUGGGGUCUUUCAACGUCUUCUGUUGUUACAGAAGAAGAAGUAUGCAGCAAUCAAGGUCGAAAACAACGUUCCGACUAUGGAAGUCAAAGGGCUCGACAUGAAGCGUCGCGAGUAUUCCGCUCUCUCCAAGAAUACCUCAAGAGAUGUGUUGGGAUUCAUUCUGUCGGGCGAAGAGACAGAGGUGGUUGUUGAAAAGAUUCACGACUAUCUCACGGCGAUUGGACAGAACGUGCGCAAUGGGUCUGUGCAGCUGGACGACUAUACAAUCUUCAAGCGGCUAGGAAAGAACCCUGAGGACUACCCCGACGCCAAAACACAACCACACGUCCAGGUUGCGCUAAGGAUGAAGGCGAAGGGUCAAAGCGCAAAAGCAGGGGAUGUCAUACCGUAUAUCUUCUGUUUGGCCGACGAUGGGACCAGUAGCAAGACAGCACAGGCUGAUCGGGCCUUCCACCCGGAUGACAUUCGACGGAGCGGCGGUCAACUCAAGAUUGACUUUGAACAUUAUCUAAGCCAACAAAUCUUACCGCCCAUCGAACGAUUGUGCGAUCCAAUCGAAGGCACGGAUCGUUCUCGUCUGGCGGAGUGUCUUGGGCUUGAUCCAUCUCGUUAUCACGCUCACUCGACUGGUGGUGGCGGCGAAGACCGUGCAUUCGAAGCAUUGGACUCACAAAAGUCAGACGCUCAGCGAUUCAAAAGCUGCGAUCCAUUUAUCGUCACUUGCCGAAAAUGCAAAUCUGCACGAGCGUGGCACCCUCCAAGCAGUGAGGACAAUGAGCUCGUCACAGGGAGCGGAGUCGUGUGCGCAACUGCUAGCUGUGCGGCGCCAAUAACCGCUGCGUCACUGCAAACGCAACUCGAGGUGCAGAUUCGGGCACACAUUGGUCGUUACUAUGAUGGUUGGAUGGUGUGUGACGACGAAGUCUGCGGUAAUCGAACUCGGAUGAUGCGAGUCUACGGCAAACGGUGUCUUCGCGAGGGAUGUCGGGGAGCUAUGAACCCAGAGUAUAAUGACAGUCAACUAUACACCCAACUGUUAUUCUACUCUUCGUUGUUCGAUAGUCAAAAACUCCUGAACAGUUCAAAGGGUUCUUCGCGACAAGAGCACAUCACCGCCCUUGUAGGUCAAAAUGCUGAUACACUGUUGGUCCUUGCAGAGGUCGUCGAGCGACAUCUAGACGAGUGCGGAAGGCGGUGGGUUGACCUGAAGGACUUGUUUGGAUUCAUGUCGAUCAAGGGCCGAGGUAGUAGGCGGUAG